AACAUUCAUACAUAUACCAUAGGUUCAUAAUUGAGCCAUUAAUUCAUAUAUGUGUGUUUCCUGUGUAUGUCUCAUUGAUAAUUAAUUUCGAUCAGUCGUCACAAAAAAAUGAGGCCGUCGUCGCAAAAAGCUGCUUCUUCAUCUUCAUCUUCUGAGGUAUCCAUGCACAAGGGCUGGCCACAUGCAACCACCAAGGUGCAGGCGAAGCCGAAGAUACGAAUCGUUCAUUUGAUUCCGCCGGAAGUGAUAAAGACCAGCGUCCAUGAUUUCUGUGAGAUUGUUCAAAGGCUUACUGGGAAACCUGCAGUGGAUGGAGGAAGUAGAGGUAGUAGCUCUAGCAACCGCCGCAGAAGUUGUUGCACCAUGCAGACUAUUGGAGAUCCUCCUAUGUUGCAGAAGGAUUAUUGCAAUAAUGACCCCUCGUGUUAAUUAAUUCAAUCAGGUGGAUUUUCCGGUGGUGGUUGGAUGAAUGAGGUCUCUAUGCAAGAUUUGGCUCAAUUCCCUUUAGAAGUGGAAGACAUAUAAUAGAUUAUGUAUUCUCCAAACAGACAGCAGAUUAGUUCUAUUCUAUGGUAAGAUAUAUAUAUAUAUACAUACAAAUCUCCUCUCCGGCCAAAUGAUCGAUAGAUGUCCAUAUAAUAUGCGCCUUACACCGUUGCCAAUUUUCUCACCAUCGCCAGCUUAAAAACACAUAUGUUCGCACCUCUGUAUCCCUUCCUUCACCUGUGAUCAGAUCUCUGUAGAAGAACUUGUUAUGAAAAGUAUCUUUAUGGAAUUAAUUAAACAAGUC